AUGGCCACCAAAACCCCCAUCACGACCGACAAAGCCCCCAAGGCCCUCCCCGGCAUCUAUUCCCAAGCCAUUGUCUCCAACGGCGUCGUCUACUGCUCUGGCUCGGUGGCCAUGGACGCAGAAACCGGCAAGAUCAUUGAUGGCGAUAUCAAAGCGCACACGCACCAAUGCAUCAAAAACCUCGGAAACGUUCUCGAAGCCGCCGGUAGCGAUCUCACCAAGGUCCUCAAGGUGACUGUGUUCUUGUCGAAUAUGGAUGACUUUGCCGAGAUGAACUCUGUCUAUGUGCAGUACUGGGGGGAUGUUAAGCCUUGUCGGACAUGCGUGGCGGUUAAGACUUUGCCCCUGAAUACGGAUAUUGAGAUUGAGUGUAUCGCUCAUCAGUAG